AUGAUGUCCGCAUUGCUUCGCGUCGCGGCCCGCCGACCUCUCAGCGCGUCGCUGGCGCCCGCUACUGCGUCGCACCUCAAUGCUGUUAUUUCCGCGCACCCAUUGACUCUCCAGUACCGCGAGAUAUCGCAGAGCCGCGUUCUACAGAAGCGCAAGGGCGGCGCGUCAGCUUUUGUCGUCAAAACCUCGAGCUGGAACCGCAGCAAAGGCAACAAGAGCCAUAACGCGCUUAACACCAAACAGAAGCUCAAGAAGGACACAGCACCUCACCGCACGCACCUCGAGCGCAUGCGUGACCUCAAGAGUGCACAGCGCAUCAACGAGCGCAACGCCAAGGAGUGGGCGGCACUAGAGCGCAACGACGAGCUCAACCGCGAGCUGGACGACGUUUUCGAGUACCUGAACACGUCAGGCCCAAUGGGCGACUACACGUAUGAGCCGGAGCCGAGUCUCGAGGACGUCGACCACCUAGAUGCGCUUAACAAGCUUAACUCCAUUGCCCGCGCCGACCCCGACAUCAUGAAAGAAGUCGAUGAGACACAACGAGCCGUUACUGGCGACACUGUUGAAGUUGAAGGGGAUGGGCAAGUGCAACACGAACUUGGAGUGAACGACUACAAUUUCCUGCUCAGAGUGUAUGCGGUCAAAGGCCUACACAAGGAAGCCAAUGCCUUGUUGACCCGGAUGGAGAAGAACUUGGAGCCCAUCGCGGCGGAGAACACUGUAGUAGCCGUCAAGCCCACAGACAGCACGGAGCUGGAGCUAAUGGACGCGCUGGAGAGCGUACCGCACGUAGUGCCACCGAACGCCAAGUCGUAUAUGCUGUAUGCCACUGCGCUGGGUGAGAACGGACAGGCAGCGCAUGCGGUGCGUGUGAUUGGCCGCAUGAGGGAACGCGGCGUGAAUCCCAGUGUGGCUGUGUAUAACGCUGUGAUGCGCGCGUGCUCCAAGGCGGGGCGUGUGCCGUGGGCCUACAACGUCAUGGAGAAGAUGCAGGUGGCCGGACUAGUGCCCGACCGCGCGUCAUUUACGAUCUUAAUGAACGCUGCAAUCGCCGAAGGAGACAUCGACAAGGCAUUUGAGACGUUCCACUUGAUGCGGACGCACGUAGCGGAGCCGGAUGAGGUGGCGUACACCUGCUGUAUCCAUGGCUGUGCACGCGAAGGACGUGUCGAGCGCGCGUUGAACUUGCUCGAAGAUCUUCUCGAGUGCGGCUUGACCCCGUCGCUCGUGACGUACAACACGUUAAUCAAUGCGUGUGCCAAGUCGCACUAUUACGCACACAAGGCUGUCGAGCUCUACAACGAGAUGCAGGAACUGUACGACUACACGCCCGAUCUGUACUCGUACACGACGGUACUGCACGCGUGUGCCAAGCAUGGAGACUUUAUCCAAGCCGAGCAGAUCAUUCGACACAUGGAACGGCAUCAUGUACCCAUGACCGAGUUCGUGUAUAACACGCUGUUUAACGUGGACAGCUACAAGCUCAGUCCAGAGGCAUUGGCACAAGUGGAAGCGUUGCGUCAGCAGGAUGAGUCCAGUCACGAAGAAGUGAACAAGGCCGAGUCGACGGCACUGGUCAAGACGGAGCGGAGUAUGGAAGUCUAUGGCCAAGAGGACGACAAGCUGUUUGCUGACAGUGAGGAAUCGCUGGACUUUGAGCUGACGCCGAUGGACUUGACAGAUUUCGGCCAGUUCCAGACGCUCAACAUCAAGCCCGUCUCGGACGACGUUGAACUCGAUGCUAGGCGUGUACACGAAAUGCACUGCGUCUUCGCUCGGCCCGAAGUCUUUAUGGACGAGACGUUCUCCAAGUUCGAGCUCAGGCCCAACAAGUUCACGUACCGUAGUAUGAUGCAGAUGUACGUGCGCGCGAAGCGGACGACUCAAGCGGAGCAGUUGCUGGAGCGUGUGCGUUCGGAGAUCGAGAGCGGAGAUGUGGAGGCGGACGAGGUGACAUUCGGUUUGCUGGUGGACCAUUACGCCAGGAAACGCUUGCUGCGUCGCGCGCUCACGACUCUGGAAGACGCAGACGCGCUGGGGCUGCAGCUGCAGGAGAAGCAUCUGAAGAAGAUCCGCGCUCUGACGGAGAAGUACGGCGUCUUUACGGAUCUCAUUUCGGAGAACCCGAACGCGGUGCUUCUCGCUAGCUCUCGCUACAAACUCAUGGAGAAGGGAAGGUGCGUGCCCAAGUGUUGGAGUACAACCGCAAGAUCGGGAAGCGCUUUCUUCUUCCGGAAAGCGUCUACUAGACAGACGUGUAUGGCGUGGGGUGUGUGGUGGGGCGUAAGGAGGAAAGAACUCGAGUCCUACCAAUAUGAGCGUGUCCCUCGUCAAGUGACGUUUAGCAGCCGGAGCCACCGGCGAUGCGCAGACAGGAAGUGGAGUCGGAGACGCAAGGACAAGACCAACCGAGAAGAAAAGUCAUCAGCUUCCACUGAUGCCAAAAUUGAGCUCUCGAUUGCAAUCGUGCCAUCCCUGGAGAGCCAUUCUCCUGGUCAUGGUCAAAGCUCGACGGUGUCCAGCCUUGACCACCCAUUCCGCUGGAGAGGUCACUUGUCGGGUUCCAGCCUUGGCUACCAGUACCACCACUUGUUGUUAGUCGUCGCUGGCUGCGAUCAAGCCUGA